UGAGAGAGAGAGAUCAAUACUGGGCCAGGUGCAGACAGCGACAAGUGGGUGAUAAUCAGAAGAUGUUUGUUUUUCUCAGAGCAUUCACGGAUGGGACCGUCACUAAGACCUCACCUGUGUGUGUGUGUUGUGUUGUGUUGUGAUGUUGUGUUGUCUAAGACCUCACCUUUACUUACCUAUUGUGUGAUUUCUCGUCCACACCUAGAGAACCUGCUCUGCUCGUUGUUCAGCUCUGCUUGUUGUUAUUGUUUUCUUUUCAGGAUCCUCUCCAUCCACUCCCAAAGCAGCCCUUUGGGCGGGCGCUCGUUUGUGUUUUUAUUGUGAUAUCAGACAAACCAAACAAACAAUUAUCACAGACUCUUUGGGCAACUAGCGAUGCGAUCAGGCCGUCAGUGAGUGCAGAUUCUACUGAAACGCCGAAGGCAGAUCUGAGCUUCUAGCUGAAGGUAGGCCUCCUGUCUGAGCUUACUCUGUGUAAACAUCUGCGCAGGUUUUGGGUGAGACGGUUUAAGGGCUCUCCUGAUGGAGCUUUUGAUGAUGCCGGUGCUUUUGCUUCUGUGAAAUAGAAACUGCUGGAGGGCCUGAGACUGUUUUAUUGCCUCAGCUUGUUCAGAGGGGGGGCAAAUCGAUUGCAUUAAGUUAUUAUUUACUGAGAUUAAUGGAAUUGAGGUCCAUUAACCUCUCCAAUUUCUUUGUCAGCAUAUUUGUUUGCCACUUGUAAAACGGCAGCCUGCUGAUCAACAUAAACCAGGUCAGGAAUUGUUGAGCUUAUCGGAACAUUGCUGGUCCUAAGGGCUAAUUGUAUGUUGUAUAAUGAAUGAAUCUCAUGAUCAAGUCCCUGAUAAUUCAGCCAUAUCUGUUUCUCAGGCUGUUUCCAGUUUGUGGAUUAGAUUAGUCUGGAAUUUCCCCCUGGGGAUCAAUAAAGUAUCUAUCUAUCUAUCUAUCUAUCUAUCUAUCUAUCUAUCUAUCUAUCUAUCUAUCUAGUCUGGGAAUAAAUGUUUUUCCCACCGGAUGGUUUAGUCUUAAUCCAUGCACAAGAAACCAGCUCUCCACACUAGCAGAACAAAGAAUCAGUCUAGUAAAAGAAGUUCUGCUCAUAGAACUUUAGAACCGCUCUAUUUGAGGAGCGGUUUGUUCCUGACACGCUGAAUCCUAGACUCUCAUGGGUGUGUUGGGCAGCAGGAGCACCUCACGUUUCUUCAACUCUGAGCUCAUCUUCAAACUGCCCGCAGGCCCCCUGAAGUGUCAGCUGCGUCUCAUAGGCUAAUCCCAGCCAGACCUGGCCAAUGGGGUCGACCGAUGACACCUCUUCCAGGAAGUACUGCCCCAGUUGCCUUAUCAGGGGGACACAGUCCACUCUGCCACACAUGGUUGCUCUCUGACAGGGAGACCGAGGGAGGUGACCUCCCUUAGACGAGCUCAGCCCGCGCAGGAGAACACACACACACACUUAUCGUCCUCUCUGUCUGGCGCUCUCUCAGGGGACAGAAGCUACUAGCGGACACUCCCAUUAUCAGCCGGCAGUUAUUUUUACGAACAAAACCAAGUGCCUGUGGAGCCCCGUGGUGGUGGUCUGUGUGUGUGUGUGUGUGUGUGUGUGUAACUCCGACGUCUCAUCCAGACAGAGAUACAGUACAGAAGAUGGGGUGGAAUGCAGUUGAUCCUAGAACACACCUCUCUCCUCUGCAAUCUCCUCUCCCUGAGGCAGUUGACCUUUGCCCCCUCACGGGAUGCGCUGGGUCCUGCUCUGCACUCUCCACUGAUCCGGUCAUACCCCUUUCCAUCUCCACGCCCACCCCCGCCUCCUCCUGCCCCCCCCCCACACCCACACCUGCCCCAGCACCCCCCCACUGCCCCCUGUCGCCCCCCGGAGGCCGAGGCCAUGGAGCCUGUGAUGUCCACCCCCAGCAAGCCGCGCAAAUGGGAGCUGAAGCCGCUGUCUCCGCGCCUGGAGCUGUUGGAGCUGCGCAGUAUGGUCAGCCCCACCACCGCAGAGGCCUUCUCCUUCCCGCCGGACCGCAGGUGGGACGGUCAGUCUCAGGACCGCAGGUGGGACGGUCAGUCUCAGGAGAGCCUGGGCUUCGAGGGCAUCUCCGUCACCCGCACGCAGUCCUCCAUCUCCGUCUCCGCCGCGCCGGGCGAGGACCUGGACGACGUGGUGGUGGUGUCGCGCCAGGUGGCCGUGGCCGAGACGUCGGGGGAUGGGGAGGCCUGGUCAGCGGGCAGCGGCGGCAGCAGCACCCCCAGCACCCCCAGCACCACGCCGGGCACCCCGACAAGCAGCGUGGGCUCGCACACGGGCUUCUACUCGUUUGUGGACGACCCCACCAGCCCGGAGGCCGAGAAGAACGAGGAGUGGAUGGUCUCGCCCGAGCGGCAGGCCAAGCUGGCCACUCUGAAGCUGGACAGCAGCUACAAGCUCCAGACGUACGCGGCCGGCCACAAACCCGAGAAGCUGUUCGAGGAGAGCAACGGCGACGCCCGUUACCGCGUGGAGAACACGGUCGUGUCCAGAGCGGCGGCGGAGGAGCGGGAAGUGGUCAAGGUGGACAGGAAGGAGAUCAUCCGCGAGCAGGCGCCCAGGAAGAGCCACGGCUUUAAGGAGCAGUGGAGCGCGCUGGACAGCCUGGACCUCAACAGCGCCCCCCAGAGGCUAGUGGACGGCUUCAGCAUCUGCUACAGCACAGCCACCCCCGCAGCUGAACCCACGCCAGCGGAGCCCGGCACCAUCGACGAGCAGCAGAUCGACUUCAACUCGGCCCGCAAGCAGUUCCUCAUGAUGGAGCAGUCCAGAGGCAGUCCUGUCGUACGGAGAGCCACAGACGCCGCCCACUCUCAUGCCCCAACGUCCACUGGCCACUCUCCUGCCCCGAAGACGUACACCCCCCACACCUUGCUGCAGCCGCACGAGACCCAGGUGCCCACUGAGCUGCGCAGGUACAUGUUUGCUGAGGGCAGUGGUGCCGCGCUGGACGACGUCUCGAAGGAGAGCAGGACGACUAACCACGCGGGCCGCAGCCAAUCGCUGUCCAGUCAGCUCAGCAGCGAAGACGUCUUCGUCAGCAACGCGGUGACUGUGAAGGUCAGCGAAGACCAAGACGCCGUGAAGCGGAGCGGCGUGACCGAGUUGGACUCCGGCCUGGGGGAUCAGAUCGGAGAGGACGGCAGCGACGCCAGCAGCAGCCCUCCGCCGGACUCCUCUCCGGAGACGGCCGCUGAGCGCGAGGCGCGCGUCGCCCGGGAGACACCCAUCGAGCGGGAGAUCCGCAUGGCUCAGGAGCGGGAGGAGAGCCUUCGCCGCGCGAGAGGGAUCCGCCACAGCAGCUCUGUGGAGAUGGUGGAGAUCAAGACCAAGCCGCUGCUCUCGCUGCCCACGCCGCCCGGUCCCGUCCGGGCGGUCAAGGCCAAGGAGAGCAGCCGCGUCAGCUUCCUCAUCCAGCGCGAGAUCGAGCGCGAGAUGGAGCGCGAGGAGGCCGCCACUGGCCAGGGCGUAGCCGCCAAGGCCCGCGCGGUCAUCUACGACGUGGACGAGAGGAGGAGGCUGUUCGAGCAGGUCCCGUCGGCCUCGUUGCCGUCGGCAGCCAAACAGCUGGACAUCUCGCAGAGUUCGUCUGGCGCCAGAGACGACAGCUGGUCCGUGUUUGUGGAGACGUCCGAACCGUCGGGGGCGGAGGAGGAGAAGGACCUGUCGCCGUGCUGCCCACACCGCCACCCCGAGCCUGCCGAGCUGCCCGUGAGCCGAGCGAUCGAGCUACCAAGCUACCGCACGCGCCAAUCUGCCAUCAACGCCUCGAGCGUCCUGCCGAGGCCAUCGGCCCUUUCCCGGUCAUCUAUGGGGGCCUUCUCUUCCGCCAGCUUGUCCUCCCUCUCCGGCGUGGGGCAGGAGAAGGAGAGCCGGCCCCCGCCUCAGUGGACGAGGCACCUGCAGCAGACGCACCUGCAGCAGACGCACCUGGAGCAGACGCACCUGGAGCAGACCCACCUGCAGCAGUGCCUGCAGAACGCUCCGGACCUCAUCCGCCAGGACAUCGAGCGGGACCUGAAGCGAGAGCAGGAGUACCUGGAGCUGCGGGAGUCUCGCGGCCGGUCCGUUUCCCUGGACACAGGCCUGGAUGAUGUGGACGACUCGAAACAGGUGGUCACCACAACGACACCAACACACGCAACAGAACCGCCUGGCCUCAAGCAAAGCUAUGAGGAGAACACCACAACAUGGCAGCCAAGUGUUGCCGAGACGGCAGAACCUCCUAAACAACAGGUUCUGCCUGAGGAACCCUUACAGCCUGUGAGUUCUAGGUCAUCGUACUCCUGGAGCAUGGACACCUACCACACCAGGAGAAUGGCCCCAUCAGAUAAGCCCCUCCACACGCCUGCUCCCCGCCCGUCCUCCCGGCUCCCCUCCGUCUCCAUAGUGACGGCCCAGCCGUGGGGGAACCAGAGGCUGAGCUCGGCGGUGACGGCCCGGGGGCGUUUGGAGCGGGGAAGGAGUGUGGACAUGCUGGGGGGUCCCCACACCCCCACCUCCCCCCGAGGCCUGACGGAGACGCUACUGGAGGGCUUUGAGGAGCACCGGGCCAAACUCAAGCUGGAGGAGAACGCUUAUGCUGGGAUCCAGCCCUCUGACGACGUAAAUCACGAGGUAUUGGAGGCGACCCGCGUCACACGGCACAAGAACAGGAUGGCACUGCGCUGGGAGGCGGGUGUGUAUGCCAACGAGGAUGACAAAUGAGGAUGCCAGUUCUGCCCCUCUGGCCUGCUGACCGCUCAGAGAUCUCACAGGACUGAGUCUCCCAAACCGUCUCAUGCCAACUUACACAGCUCGCCUCUCCUCAACAAAGACGGCCAAACCCAGCCAAAGUAAACCCUUAAAUGCAACAUACCUCUCCUGCAGCCUGGGAAUAAAUCAGCACUCUGCAAGAUAGGACUGCCCCCCCUUCCCCCCAAUACCCCUCCGCCCCCAGAAUAAGACCUUUCAGUCUUUGAAGAGGUUUAUAGUUCAGAGAGCCUAAUGGGUACCAAACAAGCCAAAACGUUUUAAAUUCCCUUGCGGUGUGGUUCUGAUGUCCAGCCUGACCUGUGCAGAGGCAUGUCUGCUAAGGGCGCCCCCUACAGGCCUGACCUGUGCAGAGGCAUGUCUGCUAAGGGCGCCCCCUACAGGCCUGACCUGUGCAGAGGCAUGUCUGCUAAGGGCGCCCCCUACAGGUCUGACCUGUGCAGAGGCUUGUCCCUCUAGAGGUGCCCAGAGCUGCGUGACUCUAGACCCUCUGAGUGGCCAGCCUGCGUUAGAGCAUCAUUAGAGUAUCAUAGCAACAGCAGCAGCAGCAGCAGCAGGGUGGCAUCGGUCAGUCUCUGUCAGAGUGGACACACACUUCUCUGCGUUCCCAUGACUACUCUCAUGACACUUCGACACUUCUCCGAGUGGACUCUGCUGAAAGACUGUGUAGCCCAGGAGAUCCACUGAGAUCACUUCGGAUCACAUGUAUUAAUAUUAAUAACAAACAUUAUCUGUCCAGAGGGAAGCGAAAGUGUUCUCUGUCCAGAGAAAAGAUCCCCCUCUCCAAAAACGAAAUCUCUUCCAUCUUACACGAGAUCAACCAGCCUUCAGGAUCAUAACCAAGAGUUUGUAUGAUCGAUUAUACACAUGACUAGAGAAUCUCAUCAAUGCUUCGUCCUAACCUGGGGCCUUCCUAUUGAUCCCAUAUGAAUGUGUGUGUGUGUGAGUGUGUGUGUGUGUGUGUGUGUGUGUGUGUGUGUGUGUGUGUGUGUGUGUGUGUGUGUGUGUGUGUGUGGGCUGCAUCGGGGGCUGAAUCAGGGCUUUUCCUCCCACAGGCUGAGUGCUUCCUGUUUCCACAUCUAAAGCUGAUCCCCGUCAUGCCCAUGUCCUUUUGCUUAAAGCAGCUUCUCUCUCUGCAGCUGAAGGUCCCAUUGAAUUCUAAUUUAAUAUUGUAAAAAACUUGACCAUCUUGAAAAUGUAUUUAAUUAUGUUUUACAGCGUAUUUAGAAAAAGCUGGAAAUUAG